GCCGGGAUGUGCGUCCGGGUUGGGCCGGCUCCGCUUUUCCUGGCUGCCGGUCGCCGUGGAGGCGGCUCUCCCUCCCUUAGCCUCUCACACGCGCCCGCCGGUAACCUGGCAAGGGACGCUGCCGUUACUGAUCUGGAAAAUCUACAAUAAGAUUUUGAAAUAAUUGUAGCCUUUUGUCACUGGCUAAGAUGUUGGAAGAAGAUAUGGAAGUGGCCAUCAAGGUGGUGGUGGUGGGAAAUGGAGCUGUUGGGAAGUCCAGUAUGAUCCAGAGAUACUGCAAAGGGAUUUUUACAAAAGACUACAAGAAAACUAUUGGAGUUGAUUUCCUGGAAAGACAAAUUCAAGUCCAUGAUGAAGAUGUCCGAUUAAUGCUGUGGGACACAGCAGGUCAAGAAGAAUUUGAUGCAAUUACCAAAGCUUAUUACAGAGGAGCCCAGGCUUGUGUGCUUGUAUUUUCCACCACUGAUAGAGAAUCUUUUGAAGCAAUCCCCAACUGGAAGGAGAAAGUUGUAUCUGAAGUUGGAGAGGUACCUACAGUUCUUGUUCAGAACAAGAUUGACCUCCUAGAUGAUUCUUAUAUAAAGAAUGAAGAAGCUGAGGCACUGGCGAAAAAACUAAAAUUAAGAUUCUACCGAACAUCUGUAAAGGAGGACUUAAAUGUAACAGAAGUUUUCAGGUAUUUGGCUGAGAAGUAUCUUCAAAGACUCAAACAACAAACAGCUGAAAAUCCAGAAGUAGUACAUACAAGUAGUAACAAAAUUGGAGUUUUCAACACAGCAGGCGGAAGUCACUCUGGCCAGAAUUCUAGCAUGCUUAAUGGUGGUGAUGUCAUCAACCUUAGGCCUAACAAACAACGGACCAAGAAGAACAGAAGCCCUUUUAGCAACUGUAGCAUACCCUAAAGUUCCAAACAGAGAAGAAAAGACAGUCGGACAAAAGCAUUUCAGCGGAAGUCAGCAAGGAAUACAGCUGACUGUACUGGUCCAGUGCUUUCACAAGUGUUCCACACAUGGGAUCCCACACUGAUAGUGGAUAUUGCUGUUGCAAUGAAUUAUCAUUGGUACAUAGUUAAGACUAGUGGUGGCACAGGAGUAGAACCACUGCCCCAUGCAUUAAUUUUAUGUUGAAUAGGACAACUUUCUGGUUGAAAGGUACGAUGUAUUAAAGUGUAUAACAGGUCUGUUUUUAAAGUUCAGCUGAAAUUCCUAAAUCUCAGUACCACUCAUGCUGUCUUAAGAUAAAAUAGGUUUUUUUACUUAACUGACUGGAUGAUUCGUUAUGAAGCUAUUUUAAAACAGAAGUUCAUAGCUUGUUAAACUCCUCCAGUGCAUAUUCUGGCAGUUUCCCUGGUGCAGUAUUUGUAUCGUUUAUAAAUUCUAACUCCAGUGUACAUCUAUAGGUACUUUGGUAAAAGAUUCAGGCUAAAGAUAAGAAGGUACCCAAUCCAAUUACGCUGUCCUGAUAACUAACUACUAAAGUGGCAUCCUAAAACAAUUACUACUUCUAAAAUUGCUGACAUCUUGAAUCAGCCUUUCCAAAACGGUACUGUGCAUGUUUAAAUUUCUCCCAACAGUGUGGACCUUUUAAAAUAUAGUUGUGCUGUGCCAAGUAAUUUUUAUGCUG